AUGUAUACCCAAUAUAAGAUAUUGGACCAGGUGGAGGGGAAGGAGAAGAUGCCGGAGGCCGCGGCAUUGAAAGGAGCAUGGAUGAGGCGAUCGUUCGACGCCUACAUGCUCAUGGUGCAAGCGGUUGGCGGACGACAACUUGACCACAUAAAGGACCUCUUGGGCAGCAGUGUGGUGUACCUGGAGCUCGUGCAGUACGUGGAGAUCGUGAUACGGCUGCUGAAGUCGUGUGUGGAGCGCUCUGAGGAAGGGGCUGGCUGUGGAGUUGGAGGUGGAAAGAGUGGCGUCAAGAAGAAGUGGAAGGGCAAGAACAAUGACAACCUUAAGGAGGAUGGCGGCGGGGGUCAAGGAGAGGUGUGCUUCUACUGCAAGAAGCACAGACAUCGUUGGCGGAAGUACUAUCAACGACCCAAGGAUUGGACCAUGCCCUCAUCAAGCAACCAGCAUGGUGACAAGAGGAGUGGGGGAGUCAUCGGAGCUAGUGGAGAGGAGAAGGAUGAGGAAAAAGGCGGCAAAUCUGAGGAGCGGAAGGCCGGGUUCUUCUUUGUGAACGAAGGCACAACCGACUCCGCUAUGGCUGCUAAGGUUCUCCUAGACCCCCUCACCCAUUAA